AUGCUCCCCCCACGCUCAUUCCUCGCAGGCGCAACGGCAGUGCUGGCACUCGCCUCGAGCGCCCAUGCAAAGUGCGGCUCCAGCUCCAGCUCCAGCACUAGCACCGCACCUGCAAUCCCAACAAGCACUCCAACCUCGACAACCCUCGUCCAACAACCCACCUACACUCCACCCGCCUCUGCACAAGUCAAAGCCGCCGAAGGCUGCGGCGCCGGAACCCCCGACGCAACCGUAACAGGCUCCGGAGGCUCCUACGUCGCAGCAAUCGGCUCGAGCGAAGUCUACUCGGGCUCGGACUACUACGCCGCCAUCACGACGGCCCUCGAGGGACUCUCCUCAGGCCAACGUCUGUCCGUGAUCGCCUCGGGCUCCAUCGGCGACGGGAUCGUCCACAUCAACAGCGGAAUUACCUUUGAAGGGUGCGGAACAAUCGACGUCGGAUACGCCGCGGGCCACGGGGCCAUCGAGUCGCUGAACACUGAGAACGCAGCGAUCCCGUACCUGACGCUGACCGGGGCGCCGUACUUCGGGCUGCGGUUCUACGGCGUGACGGGUCUUUCCCUGGGGCAGAUUACGAUGAAUCUGAGCGGCGGACUGGGAAUCCGCUUCGAGCGCGACGAGGCGGCGAAUCGCGAUGUCUCGAUGGAUGUCAUCAGCGUUACGGGCGCGGGCAGCCACGCCGUCGAGACGUGGAAUAUCGACGGGCUGACGAUCAACUCGGUUAUUGCGCGGGAUGUCGGCGAGUGCGGGCUGCUCCUGCAGACGACAACGAAUGCGCAUGUGGGCACCGUCGACGGGGACAAUGUCGCCGCUGGGACCGGGUACGCGACGUUCCGGAUGGCGAACCGGAACGGACGCCUGGCUGACGGGAGCUACGAGGCGAAUGUCAUUGUCGAGAAUGUGAUCUCGCGCGGUGGAGGCCGCGGAAUCUUCUGUGUGUCUGAAUCUGGGGGCGUCGAGAUUCAGAAUAUUGAUCUCUCGGAUAACGAGAAUAAUGCGAUUCUUAUUGAGAACUGCUAUGGGGUUUCGAUCCUUGGUGGGACGGUGAAUGGGGGUGGCGAGGUGCGCAUCUCGGCCAGGGAUGAGUUUGAGAAUACGCGCGAUGUUUCGAUCAGUCUCGAGGUCAACGAUAACAGUGCGAGGGAGAGUCCGUGUGGCGAGAAUAUUACCUGGGAUAUCUCGGGGAAUGCCUCGUUGGAUGUUUGCUAG